AUGUUUAUUCUCGGCGGCGAUUACAGUCUCUUUCCCAGGGUCAGGCUACUCCAGAAGAUCAGCAGUCUAGCCCAGUUGCUUCCCUUCCAGUCGCUUCCUAAAAUUAUGGAUCCCGCUCUCAGCUUCGUCGAUCCUCUCAAGUUUCUUAUCCUGUUGAAGGCUUAUGAAUCGUUUUCCCCAAAAGAUCGAGCUUACCUCAUCUCAGUUCAAUCUUCUCAUGAACCUGAAUCAUUUGCUGAAGCCUCCAAUCAUUCUUGCUGGAGAGAUGCUAUACAGGAAGAAAUCAAUGCCCAGGAAAAAAAUAAUAAGACUUAG